GUACAGCCUCUCAUUCUGCGUGAACGAGAUAUAUAAGUUACGGUUUACUAAAUCCGAGUUAACAGUAUGGAAUAUCCUCAGAAAACAACAUUAAAUUGGGAAAGUGCAAUAAUUUCCUCAUGUGCCGGAUGUGGACAUCAAAUUCUUGAUCGUUUCUUCUUGCGGGUAUUCCCGGAUAUGGAGUGGCAUACGGCAUGUUUAAAGUGCGCUGAGUGUAAGAAGUCUUUAGACGGUGCAGGUACCUGCUUUGUAAAGGAUGGCAGAACUCUCUGUAAAGAAGACUACUACAGGUUAUACGGAAUUAAUUGCGGAAAAUGUAAAAAAGUGUUCAGCAAAGACGACUUGGUGAUGAGGACUUGCAAGAAGAUCUAUCACUUUGACUGUUUUCGGUGUGAAAGUUGCAACUAUCACUUGCUCCCCGGAGACGAGUUUCACAUGCGGGAUGGACACCUGUUGUGCACGGCAGAUCAUGAUGUGUUCGAAACGCCAACCGAAGAGCGCAACGGGCAUUCCCCAGAAAACAUUUCAAAUGUUAAGGAAUUGUCCCAUCUGGACGUGGGGUCACUUAAGCGCACCCCAACACCGCUGCAGAGGACCACACGGGUCAGGACCGUCCUCAGCAAGAAACAGCUGCACAUGCUACAGACUUGCUACAGCGCUAAUCCCCGGCCAGACGCCCUGGUGAAGGAGCAGUUAGUGGAGAUGACGGGCCUGAGUUCCAGGGUAAUCCGUGUUUGGUUCCAGAACAAGAGGUGCAAAGACAAGAAACGAAGCACACACCCACACAUAACUCCGAUACAGACCACCCAAAAGGACAAAACAGAAAAGGCAUUGGAGACAAUUUGUCCUGACAGUCCAAUGGACUUCCUGAGGUUUCAGCAAUCCUGGAAAAUUAUGAAUGAGCUGACACUACACACUGUUUGUGAUGAUUGGUUGGUGACAUCUUCAUCAGGGGAGGCAGAUUCCAAGUCAUUGUCCUCUCAGCUGUUGGAGACACCCUGCAGCAGUUUGGUUUCCAGUCCAGUCUCCAGUGGAAUCCAUUAAACCUACCGUCUCCUUGCACUAUCAAUAUUUCUGACUUUAACAGGAAAAGAAAAAAAAGCAGCAAUUUUUGCUUCAAGCUUAGCAAAAGUCUCUCUUCUCAGAAGAAAAAUCUGGAACAAACAAUGGUAUCUCACCACCUCAUGGCAGUGGAUUCAAAAAAUAAUACAAAUAGCCUAAUGUUAUUUGUAUCCGUCAUGGCACUAAACAACUCUUGUGACCAGGUAUCCAGUUAAUCUCUUUCAGAUGUAUUUUUUUGUAUUAUUAACUUUUUGGUGUAACUGUUUUUGUGAACUGAUGUCAGUAUUGGCCUAGCAUCAUCAUUUUAUUAGAUAAUAUAUAGAAAAUAAGUGUAUGUAUUUUAAGCACAGGGAAGAGUAUAUUCACUUUUCUGUUUGGUGUGUGUUCAUGACAGGUUUGCCCCAUGGUUUUCAGAAGCUUUUAUAGAUGGAUAUUUAUUUAAAAUGUGUACUUCAGUAUUUAUUCUUGUACUUUUCAUUGUGAUAGCAUAUUUGUAAGGCAAAUAUUUAUAUGUUAAAUAACUAUUGUAACUUAUAUAAUAAUGUACAGCACUCUUCUUGGUCUCUUCAUGGGGUAGACCAUUAAGUGAACAAAAUACACUAAUCCCAGUUCACUACAGUUCAGUUUAACAUCCUUUUGAAUUAGAUGAAUUCAAUUAAUUAAAUAGCCACGAAAGUCAUUCAGGCAUGCAUUUCUGUAAUUUGGAAUAG